UCAGUCCUGUGCCGAAAUAGAUACUUGUAUUUCGAACGUCGACAUAAAUGUGUGCCUCUCCGGACGAAAGUCACUUUCAACGAAUUCUAUAAGCCGCAAGAGAUAUCGAUAUUCGUCUCAAACGCAGAUUUUUAUCUCUGAUAGUUUUGCUAAGAAAAGGAAUUUGCAACAAAGAUAAACGUUUCUUUCAUAUUAAAGAUGACGCCUACGUUCAGUUGGGUGUUCCUGCUGGCGAUGGUGGGCCGCGCCGCGAACGUACCAAGGCCUCUCAUGACCGACGCUUGCGCCCUGCUCUGCAAUCCCGGGGCAGCGACUGAGUCCGAGCGAGAGCGGGAUCCGGCCGUAUUUCCCCGAUAUCCCAAGGUAAACUGCAAGCUCCAGUCAUCGAGCGACGAGCACCAGGCGUGGGUUAUCGCCAGCCACUGCUUAAAACUGUGCAAUAAGGAGCUGACAAUUCCUUCGGAAGUUAACUGUUUUGCUCUGAGAACGUCCCUCCAAGCGAAUAUAGGAUGUUAUUGUGACGCUUUUGAACCCUUGAGUCCGAACACGAUACGCCUACACGAAAGCUGGAGGCUCAACCAUUUGGUAGAGCAGUUGGCGAAUCAUAUUUUAGAUACGUUUCUCAUUUCACCUCUCGAUACACUCAUCCUAUGCGAUAUCCAUGAGGAACUGUUCAAAGAUGUAGAGCUGACGGACGGGGAACUAGUAGAAAAGUGUAGAAACAAAACUACCGCAGUGUCUGAAGGCACGAGUACAAAGAAAAGUAGAUCAGUAGAUCAGGAAAAGAUGACAACUGAUAAUGAGAUCGAAACAUCAGAAAGUUGCGAAAUGAAGAAAGACAAGGACGAUGUAAUGAAGAAAAAGCAUUGGGUUUCGGAGGAACCAAACGAAUCGACGCACAUGGAGAAUGCGAACGAGGAGAACAAGACGAACAAGGAGAAUACGGAGAACAAGGAGAGCAAGGAGACUGAAGAAGAAGCUAUUAAAUGUGUGGAGAACCCGAGCAUUCCUAGCAAGCAUACCUCUGAAACAAAGGAACAUUCUGAGAAUGAGGAACAGAGGUUGUAUAAUGAUCCGAAUGUGUCCACUUACGAGGUGAUACAGCGGUGUAAAAACUUGUGCGCGGCCGAUCCUAAUCAUAGCAUUUGUAACUGUAAAACUAUAUCGUAUAUUCCAAGUUAGAUAAGAUGAACAGUUGAAAGAACUAUGUGGAUGAAAAAAAAAAAUAACAGACAGAAGAAGUUCGCGUAGAAGGGCAUGAAUUUACAUAUCUCGCAUAGGUCAAUCGUUUUGCGGUCGAUUCAUUAUAAGUGUUUCUUGUAAUCAAAGAUGAAAAAGAGAAAUAAUUUAAAACAUGCGAAUUUCUUUCCUAUAUUUGUUAUUCAAUGAUGUUGAUUUUUGAUCCGGCAAUUUAUUAUGUAGUGAUAAUUCUGAUAUUUAAAACAAAAAUUAAUAAAUUAUAAUUUGAUACUGAAACGAA